AUGGACAACCUCACAUUUAGACACAGCAUUCUCCUUGUGGAGGGACUCAAAGUUACACAUCAGUCCUCCUACCCUGUUUUUAUUGUGCUUUUCUUAGCUUAUAUUUUUACAAUUGUAUCAAACAUUACACUUAUAUUUAUGAUUUCAACAGAGAAGAAUCUGCAUGACCCUAUGCAUUUUCUGUUCUGUAACUUGCCAAUAAAUGAUGUAAUAGGAACCACUGUCAUUUUGCCACGCUUAAUGCAAGAUAUUUUGAGAGAAGCCUCAGAGCGUUAUAUUACAUAUAUGGAAUGUGUUAUUCAAGCUUAUUUUGUGCAUGUAUUUACAGCGGCAUGUCACUAUGUGUUAAUGAUAGGUCUGACUCUUCGUCUGUCUCACUGCAGAUCAACAAUUGAAAACCCUUUCUGUGAUAAUGCCUCACUUUUUAAACUGUCCUGUGAAAAUGUAGCUAUUAACAACGCAUUUGGAGUUAUUUAUUCCGUAAUUGUAGCCUGUCUGUCAGCAGUGUCUAUAUUUAUAACAUAUGUCAAUAUUGCUGUUCUGUGUAUAAGGAGCAAAAACAAAGCACUCAACAGCAAAGCCAUAAAAACCUGUAGCACCCAUUUAGCUGUUUAUUUAAUCAUGUUUAUUUCUGGAGCCAUUUUUAUUUUUCUUCAUCGUUUCCCUGAAUACUCUGAAAGUAGAAAACUAGGUAGUAUAAUGUUUCACAUUAUUCCACCAGGAUUAAAUCCCUUAGUAUACGGUUUACAAACCAAAGAGAUAAGACAUAAGAUUGUUAAAUCAGCCAUCUCCACACCUUUCGACACCUACGAUUCGCUGCUGGAAGGAAUGAUGGAGAUGUGGAUAACAUAA